ACUAAUCACAGAUAGCACAGUGAAAAGGGUAGGACAAGGUUGAUGAAGCUCGUCGUCUCUGCAAAAUCCCUUCCCUUCUUUCUUUCUAUCCACAAACAAAAUUUCGAAUCCAUAGAGAAGAAAACAUGAAGCAAUGUGAUCGUAGUAGUCUAUCUCCUUUUCCUAUAAGUUCUUCUUCCUUAUCUUCUUCUUUCGUUGCUUCUGAAUCUGAUCCUGAAGAUUCUUUAUGGAGUGAUUUCACUUUCGAUUUCUCAUUCUUAACAUCCGAAGACCACAAGAUUAGUCCCAAUGAUGAUAAUGAUGCGACCACUGUUCCUAAAGGGAAAGAAUUGAAUCCUUUGGCACCUCAGUUUCUACCAUUCAAUGCUAAGAAGAACCUAAACAAGAAUGGGAGAGAAAUUGAAGUAAACAGUUCCAACCAAAACACUAGAAUAGGCGUCCUGAUCCAUGAUGCAGAUGAGAGUUUGGGUUUAGUAUCUCAAGAUAGUGUUUCCAACACUAUGAGUAUGUUAGAUAUUAGCAACGAGUUCCAAAAGUCUAAAAAGCUGGAUCCGUUAGCUCCUGUUUUUGUUCCUGCUUGUGCAAAACUAAGUGAGAAGCACGGUGCAGCAGAUCACAUGUUAACUAUGGAGACAAAUGUUGGCUCAACUUCUGGUGUAAGUUCUUCAGACAGUAUGUUGCUUAAUACUUUUAAGGUUGUUGGGACACAUUCUUUAGUGGUCGACCGCAGUUUAAGGAAUAGAUACUCUAAUACAAGAUUGGAUAGGUCCAGCAACAAGUCUCAUGGUCGGAAGAAGCUAAAUCCUCUGGCUCCUCGGUUCUCACUAGCAGAUCAUAAACAAAAUGUAUAUGGCUGUGAGGUAAACCAAGCUGCAAAUGACUUUGGUGAUAGACAUGGCUGUUCCACAUCAUCACCAUCUCAAAAAGUGGAUGUUAAGAAACUACUUACGACGAUUCAUGGAUUGUCAGAGUUGCUAACACAUGUACACAGUUCAGAAACUUCGGAUUUACCAAAUGAGCAGUAUCUUGAUCUCAUCAACUGUACUGUGCAGAAUCUCAACUCCUAUAUCAAUAACAGAGUUCAGGAGCAUAGUGGGGAUUAUGCAAGUGCUGUACAUAGUUCAUGUGAUUUAUAUUCGUUGCCUAAUAUGCGUAAGGUUAUAAGAAAUCAUCAUCAAACAGAAGAGCAAAUCAACCCAGAGGUGUGUUUUUAUAAAAGCUUAUGGCUCAAGGCUAAGGCAGAGAGAUCGUUGAUGGAACAUGAAACAUUUCUUUCAAAAGCAAGAUCUUGAGCAAUUAGUGAAGAGUUAUAUAAGGUUAGCGUGUAGAAAUUCAAGCGGCUGAAUCGAGGCGGUGUUACUAGCUAGAGAAGUUUUGCUAGCAAAUGUAUGUGUAGGUCGAAAAGAGGGACACUCAUGUCAAUUCUAGACAAAGACUUGAAUCUGUAUUUUGUGUUGUAGAAACUUGAAAUACUUUAUACACAAAUCUAGCUUUGUUUCUUGAACCAAAUUUGUAUUUUGAAGCUACAUUUCAAUGAAUAUAUGUAAAGAGAUUACUCAUCAA